AUGUUGUCAGAGACUACUGUUUCGAAUAAGAUUCUCCCAACAUCAAAUGAACUCAAAGAAAUGAGAAAACCAAAUGAAAAUCCAAAGGAUAUUGCUUGGACUGAUCACGAAAGGCACUUCUUUGUAAUUACCGAUUCUGCACGUCCUGUUUACGUCAGAUAUGGUGAUGAAGUUACAGUAACACCACUUCUCUGCACAAUUGUCACAUUUUGCGGUCAGCUGAUUCGUGAUGGUAAUCAAAAACUUCAAUAUUUCGUGGCAGGAAAUAAAUUAUUCGUAUUUUACGUACCAACACCAUUCAUCUACGUUUGCGUUUCUUCAGUAAAAUUACCUAUUUCGCUAAUUCAAAAGGAAUUACAAUACUUAGAAACAACAAUUUAUUCAUUAUUGACACCAAUGAUUGCCGAACAAUUACGCAGAAGACCAAAUUUCGAUAUCAAGAGACAGACAUCAAGCUCUGAGGCCUUAUUUACUUCUCUUCUUGAGAAUAUGGAUCAAUCUCAUUCAUUUGUCUUUCAUGACUGCAUACCAAUGUCAGGCGUCACAUCAAAGCGAAAUGAUUUCAAGAGAAUAGUUUACGAGAAUAGAAAUCCAGCGAUUUACGGCAUUGUAAUUUUCAAUCGUGGUGAACUUGUAUUGAAAAUUGCAAACAAAAAUUUCAGUCUUACAACGGAAGAUGUAUUUAUUCUUUCCAACAAUACGAAUGUCAUGGUCGACGUCCUCGAUGCUCUUUGGCCAAUGUGGUUACCAAGUCAUAGCGAAAUGCUUCACAUUCUGACAGUUGAUAUGAAGAGUUUCGGUUUCAAGAUGAUUAUCAUUACAGAUCAGAUCGAAUCUUCUGCAAUUUGCACAAGGAUUUCUGAUCAAUGCCAGAAAACAAUGCUCCAAGAAGGUUUGAACACACAGAUUGACGGUAUUCCACUUUUCCAUCCUAAGGAAGUCCUCCAUUGGAUUGUUGUUAUUAGAAAACUUGGCCAAUCUUAUAAUCCUUAUAUUCCUGAUUCUCCUUUGGCAAGAACUAUAUACAGAGCUUACGCAUGGACUCAGAGUAUGCUCGAGGAAACAAAUGUAAACGGAAUUUUCUAUUCUGCCAAUGAAAAAUUAACAAUCGCAGGUAAGAAUGUUCCUGGAGAGCUUAUUAUAGUAGCAAUGCCUGUUGGCGUUGUUGCUAAAGAGGCUGAAAAGAUAAUUGGCCAACUUGAAGCUUACAUUAAACAAAAUAGAUCUGUUUUGUUCGAUUUGGAUCCACUUGUAUGGGAUGAAAAAUAA